AUGAACGCCAACACCAAUGAUACUCGUAACUUCAUUCUGCCGCCACCACCACCACCACCGGCGGGAUCAAGCGCUAGCGAUGCUACGGCUACUUUCCAGCAGCGGCACAUGGUAGGAGGCUUGAACUGUUACCCCAAGAAAGUAAGAAGAAAGAGUAGUAAAGUAAAGCACAUGGACCCCCUUGGGAGUGGCAGUACCAGUACAAGCAGCAAGCAGCCCAAAUAUCGAAAGAAGCCGCCGCUGACGCCGCCAGACCAGGAUGCACCAAAGAUCGCGAGGCCGUGUAGCGAGUGCGGUAAGAAGUUCUGGUCAUGGAAGGCCCUGUUUGGGCACAUGCGCUGCCACCCAGAGCGGCAGUGGCGCGGCAUUAAUCCUCCCCCAAAUUUCAGGCGACCUUCUCCUUCUCCUUUGAGUAGUUCCAGUACAUGGCCUCCUCAUCAUGAUGAUAAUGAUGAUGAAUGUGGCCCUUCCGGUGGUUACUAUUAUUAUUAUUAUUCAGAAAAGAUGGUAGGAGGAAUGACGGAGGAAGAUCACGAGGUUGCCGCAUGCUUGUUACUGUUGGCCAAUAAUGCUGUGCCUGUGGAUCAUCAGCUUAAGCCGCAACAGGAGGCGGUUGGGUUAGGUUUUGGUAUUAGCUGCUGCAGUAGGAACAAUGGAGGAAGAAUAAGAGAAGAAGAUGAUGAUGAUGAGAUGAUUAACAUACACAAUCAUCAACGUCAAAGUCACACUUGUAGCAUCUGUUCCAGAGUUUUCUCCAGUGGUAGAGCCUUGGGUGGACACAAGAGAUUCCACUGCAGGGAUAGAGGAGAUCACAAUACCCAACCUCCUCCUCCUUGUACCAAUAACUAUUUGGACUUCAACUUGAACUUGGUCCCAACACCAACACCUGCUCCCGAUCCCCACCACCAGGAUCAGGAUCGUUCUUCUUUUGCUGCCCCCCUCCCCACUUUGGAUUUAAGCUUGGGACUUUGA